AAAUACACAAUCUGCGCAUGAUCUACUUCUGAUACGACGUGAGUGCAUAAAAGUGAACGAAAUGGUUGUUAAUACUUAAAGAUUUCUAGGUGGAGAGAAUUGAACUGUUUUGCUAUGGGGCGAAAGAAGCAGGGUAAAUUUGAGCGUCCAGUUAACAAUGGAAAAGAUAAACGGCACAAAAUAAAGGGGAAAUCUCUGGAGUGCUUUACAGAAGAAAUGCAUGGUGCAUUACAAGCAAGCCUACAGCAUAAUGAUGCAGGGGAGGCUGCCCAUGUGAAGUUACCCUGCCCCCUGGCCAUGUGGGAGCUUGGUCACUGUGACCCGAAGCGUUGCACUGGAAGAAAGCUGGUUCGCAAAGGCUUUGUGAAAAAUUUGCGUUUAAACCAGAGGUUCAACGGACUCAUUCUGAGCCCCAUGGGCACCAAAUAUGUCUCACCAGCAGACAGGGACAUUGUGGCUCAAUAUGGACUGGCUGUCAUUGACUGUUCUUGGGCUAAACUUGAAGAGACACCCUUUAAUAAGAUGAUAGGUAGUCAUCCUCGAUUGCUACCGUACUUGGUUGCAGCAAACCCGGUGAACUAUGGCAAGCCAUGCAAGCUGUCUUGUGUGGAGGCUUUUGCUGCCACAUUCUGCAUUGUUGGCUUUCGGGACCUUGCUGUGAUUCUGCUGAAUAAGUUUAAGUGGGGGACCGUGUUUCUGGAUCUGAACAAGACACUGCUGGAGCGCUAUGCAAGUUGUCAGUCAGAGGAGGAGCUGCUGGCUGCGGAGAAAGAGUACCUCAACACCCCACCUGAGGAAGACGAGUUGGAUCCAUUUGAUGUCGACUGCGGAAGAGAAUGCAUGAAUCUCAACAGACCCCGUCGUGUUGCUGGGGAAGAGGAUGACACCGAGAGUGAUGAAGAAACUGAAACCUCAGAUGAUGAUGGUGACGAUGAUGGGAAUACUGAGGCAGAGGAAGGGAGAGGGGAAAGAAAAACUGGGGAUGAGGAGAAAGAGCCAGGAGAGUCAUCCGAAGUGCAGUAAAAAAUGUAAAUGUACUCAGGACUUUGAGGACAAUGGUAAGACUGUUCCAUAUGGAAAAGUCAAGAUACUUAAUCCAUUUGUUUUCUUGACAUUGUCUUUACAGAUUUUUUAUUUAGUGUAAAUUGUGGUGCAUUUAUAAUUGUUACUUUGAAUUAAAUCAUGUGAUGCAA